AUGAGCCUCCAGAGACUUCUUGUAGACGUGCACACUCACGUAUACCUGCCACGAUAUGCGGCUUUACUGCGCUCUCGCUCCGCCGCUCCGCGCAUCUACACGCGCAACGCACCUAGCGGUAUUGCUGAAGACCGAUUGUUGAUACUAGACGAUGAGCCGAGCGGCGGUCGUCCUGUCGGGCCUCAGUACUGGGACCGAGAAGAGAAGCUCAACUUCAUGGAUCGCCAUGGCAUUGAUGUCUCGUUUGUGAGUACGGCCAACCCUUGGUUAGAUUUCUUGCCCUUCGAGGACGCUCAAAAAUUCGCUACGGAGUUGAACACUGACCUUGAAACCUAUUGCGCAACUGCUCCUACCGUGCGAUCUACAUCAAUCCGUCGCUUAUAUGGUAUCGGUCUGUUACCACUUGUUCCGGGUGCCCCUGCCACCGCACUGCCUGCGGCUGUCCGAGCUCUCGCUUCCGAGCACAAACACAUCCGCGGCGUCAUAAUCGGUACACGCGGAGUGGGUAAAGGUCUUGACGACGAAGAGCUUGAACCGUUAUGGAGAGCACUGUCCGAGACUGGUCUGGUUGUCUUCUUGCACCCGCAUUACGGCGUAGGCACUCAGGCAUGGGGAGAGCGCGAUAAUGGGCACGUCUUGCCUCUGGCUCUGGGCUUCCCUUUCGAAACAACCACAGCUAUUACUCGCCUCAUACUGGCCGGAGUACUUGAUCGGCACCCGAACCUACGGAUCCUACUCGCUCACACUGGUGCGGCAUUGCCACAGCUCUCGUCUCGUCUGGCAUCAUGCAUCAUGCACGAUCCCGUCGUAACCGGGCGCCUUCAACACGACGCGCGAUGGUACCUAGGGAAGCUAUGGUUUGACGCCGUCGCGUAUGGAUCCGCGGAACUAUCUUUCGUCGCCGCAACCAUCGGCCGCGCCGAGCGCUUCUCCGGAGAAGGCGAAGUUAAGCAGGAAGGCGCCAUACUGGUCGAACGCGAGCAGGAGGAAGCCAAAGCGGGCAGCUCACGCAUGUUAUUUGGCACGGACCAUCCAUUCUUCCCACCGCUUGGUUCGGAAGACACGUGGAGGAGCGUUGUCGAAAAUCUAGAGGCCAUUGAGAGCGUUGGCUCAUGGGGUAACUUAGAGAGGGAUGGCGUGCGCGGAGGAAACGCCCUUAGGCUCUUUGGUGUGUUGUGA